GCAAUAAAAACUUCCGGUUUAGUUUCUCAGCUGGGUGUGAUAUGAUUCAAAGAUUUUUGAUUAUGACACAUGUAUAAAUAUAAACUGACAACCCUCAGUGGAAGGGAAAAUGGCAACCCCAGGAAUUAAGAAGAAAGCGGACCUGAAGGUUAUCAUCCUGGGAGAAUACAGUGUUGGGAAGACCUGUUUUGUUAACCGUUAUAUCGAAGGAAAGUUUGAAAAAACAGAAGCGACCAUUGGAGCAGCUUUCUUUUUAAAACAAUGGGGACCAUAUAAUGUUGCUGUUUGGGACACUGCUGGAGAUGAGAGAUUUUCAGGGCUAUCGUCAUUUUAUUGUAGAAAUGCUGGGGCAGCUAUCCUGGCAUUUGACUUAUGUAUUGAAAACACCUUUGAAACUCUAAAAUCGAGAUUUGUUCCUCUGGUUGAUCAAGCAACAGAAGAUAAUUGUUUUAAGGUUAUUGUAGGAACUAAAUUAGACUUACUAAAUCCUGGUAAACGUAAAGUUACUGUUGAUGAAGCCAGGAAAUAUUCAAGGGAGAUAAAUCCUAAUGUUGAGUAUGCCAAGUUGAAACAUGAUCCAUAUUUUGAAACCUCUAGUCUUGAAGGAAUAAAUGUGGACGAGGUGUUUGAAUAUAUAUUUGGACAUUGCCUACCAUUGUCAGAUGUAGAACGGAUAAAAAUGAAAAAUAAAAACCGUGGGACAGUUGACUUAGGGGAAAGUACAGCAAUGACGCCAGAGAAAAAGGGAGGAUGUUGUUGAUAUCUAUUUUGUUUGUGUUAUGCAUUUAGUAUAUAUUUUUUUAUUUGUAUCAAGGACCAAGGAGUGUCAGGGUUUUCCCAGUAUUUUCAUAUAGCACAAUGAAAUUUAAAAAUAGCACUGUUUUCCAUAAACUUAUAGCACCCCGUUUAUAAUACAUUUUAUUAUAAUAAAAAAUUCAGAUAGAACCAUGGUAACGUCAAGUUAUUAAUUACUCUGAUUUGUCACAUUUUGGUGAAUAGACAUAUAUAACCUUUUGGGUAUUUAGCAGGAUUAUAUGAGAAUGACCCUAGAUCUGUCUACACUAACAAAUUUUUGGUAUGUAUUGCAAUGUGUUAGUAAAGGUUCCAUGCACACCAUGGCACAUGUUUUUAAAGAAAUCUUUUCCAUAUGUCAAGCAUUUUAUUUAGAUAUCAUUUGCAUGAGGGUCCUAUUAUAACUUUCUGACGUCAUGUAACAAUCACUUUUUGAUUAUGACGUCAAAUGUUUUAAAUUAUGAUGCAAAAUUUUGCGGGAACUUGUGUGAUUUUAAGUAAUGGCAAACAAAUUUGCAUACAAAUGAAAGACAUCUAAUGUAACCCCUCAGGUUUGGAGUAAUGGUAUGAAAAUGUUUUCAAUGUAAUUAUUCUUAUUAUAUAUUUCAUCCUUAAACAAUAAUUAUAUUCCUGGUUUUAUUAUGUAAGUCUUAUAAUAAGCAACUUAUCAUUUAAAAUAUUAGGUUGUUAAAUUUUCUGUCAGGUUUUGCAGGUCCAUGCACAUCAUAUUGUUUUUUAGGGAAGGAAAUUUCUUUUUAAUUUCAAUAAUUUUCUGUUUUCUAAAUCAAAAUGGUAUAAAUGUUCUAUACCUAUUAAAUAAAUUUUUACACCUUACCUUUUUAUGUAUAGUUAAAACUGCCUCUAUGUUAAAUUUUUUCUUAAUUUUAUAAACUUGUGAUUUUGAGUAAUACAUUGUAGAGAGCCAUUUUUGAAGAACAUAAGUUGACCCCAGGUGUGUGCCCCCCUCCCCUUUCAAAAAAAUGUUAUUUAUAGGUAAAAUUACAGCCAUUUUUUUGUCAAAAUAUGGUCCUCUAAUUUGUAAUUCUCAGGAGCACACCCCACCCCCUAACACCAAAUCCUGGAUAUGCGCCUGGUCCCUAAAGGUUUGCUUUCAUAAUUUUAGAAUUAUUGGUUCCAUUAGUAUUACUGGGAAAUAACCCCAGAAUCACAGACAUGCAAGUUAUACUUUCAUGUUAAUUCUAAAACUUUUCAUUGUUAACAGAUACAAUAUUGUGUGUUUAUCACUCAUUUUAAGUGUUUUUCAUCAAGUUCAAUUAUUUUAUUCCAUUUGUUUUAGAUUAAGUUUUGUUAGUUUAAGACAAUUUUAAUUUUUUAGCAACAUGAUUGUGUGUAGUAAUUUAUGUUUGGUUUUUGGUCCAGUAUUGUUUUUUUUUAUUUUUCUUUUUUCCUUAUUUUACUAAUAAUACUUAUUUUUUGCAGUUAUCAUUUAGAUGCACACUGCGUUUAAUUUGUUGAAGACAUCAAUAACUUUGAUAAAAUUUCGUGGAAUGUCAUGAAACCUGGGCAGAAUCUUUAAGAUACAGCAUGUGGAAUGAUUUUUUUUUCAAUAUUCUUGUGGAUAUUAACUGUAACUUAGUACUAAGUACAUUCUUUUGUUAUAAUCUGUUGUCCAUGUACUUAAAAAUAGUAGCUUGGAGGCAGGUCUUCCAGAGUUUUGUGUAAAAUUAUACGUGUACAUCAAUAAGGUAGUUUUCUAUUUUUAAUUGUUUUACAUUUGUGAUAUCAGUUGUGUAAUUUAUGAUGUCAGAAUCAUUCCAUGUGAUAGAAAUAUGUUAUACAAGCAACUAACAUGUAAUUCAGCUCAUUUUGGCAGUCUAUACAAAUUAUUUGUAGUCAUUUUUUUAGUGAGGUGCUAUUUGUCUAUUGAUGUACCAAAUAUUGUUUCAUAGGAACUUCUAAAGGUACUGACAUGUGAUAUUGAUGAUUGUAUUAAACCUUGAAUCCCUAUUUUGGAUUCAUUAAUUUUCUUGGGUGAAAACUUUUUUGAAUCGAAAGAAAAAUUCUAUUUUUGUUGAUGCUUAAUUUCAUGGCUUAGUGAAUAAAGAUAGUAUAGCUACAGUCAUACUUGCUAUAACCAGUAUGGGUUUUGCUCAUUGUUGAAGACCGUUUAGUGACAUACAGUUGUUAACUUCUAUGUCAUUUCGUCUGGUGGAGAGUUGGCAAUCUUACCACAGCUUCUCAUUUUUGUCUCGCCUUGACGGAGUCAAAAAGCCAAACAUAGGUAUGCUGUUUCCGGUGGCACCAGCAUCAACAAUGUAUUAGUUUGUGACUAGGUCAGAUUAUGGAGAACCACUAGUGGUAGGUCAAUGAUAUUUGGUAUGCAGUUGUAUUAGUAUUGGCACAUCUCAAUUCCAUGGAGAUUAUUUGGCCUUGCCCCCUCAGUCAUGGUCUAUUGACUUUGAAACUUUUGCUUAAUUUACAUGUAUUUGUUUGCGAUUAGGUCAGUUUAAGGGGAACCAUUAGUGGUAGGUCAAUGUUAAUUGGUAUGCAGUUGUAUAAGCAUUAGCGCAUCUCAUUUCCAUGGAGAAUAUUUGGCCCUGCACCCUCAUGGUCUAUUGACUUUGAAACUUUUGCUUAGUUUACAUGUAUUUGUUGUGAUUAGAUCAGUUUAAGAUGAACCACUAAUGUUAAGUCAAUGAUAUUUGGUGUGCAAAUGUAUUGGCAUUUGCAAGUCUCGUCUCCAUGGAGAUUAUAUAGCCCCACCCCUCAUCAUGGUUCAUUGACUUUGAAACUUUUACAUAGUUUACAAGUUAAUGUUUGUGUUUAGGUUUGUUUAAAUGAAAAAAAACUCAUGAUAAGUCAUUGGUAUUUGGUAUGAAGUUGUAUUAGCAUUGGCACAUCUCAUGUCCAUGGAGAUUGUUUAGCCAUGUACCUUCAGUCAUGGUUCAUUGACUUUGAAUAUUUGCAUAACUUACAUGUUAAAGUAUUGCAAUUUUAAUUUCAACAUUUGCAUUAUCAAAAUUACAAAAAGGCGAGACAUAUCUCUGUGUUAACAGUUUAUUAUGUAAAGUUCACAUCUUUUAAACAAAAACCUGUCAUGUCAGAUCGGCCUAUUUUAAUCUCACUGUAGUGAUACGUAUGUAUGGUGAACCUCAUUUAAAAGGUCACCUGUCUUGAAAGGUCUGUAUUCUCUGGUCCCUAGGGUGACCUUUACAUACAGGUUUGACUGUAUUUGAAAUAUACCUUAACUGUGUACUGUUAAUGGAACAAAUCUGAUAUCCUGUAAUAAAAAUAUUAUCAGCUUU